AUGGGAACCCAGCCGCCGGCGUCGUACCUUGCACAGACGAUGAAAAUACUCAUUGUUGCGGUACCACUUCCAUCUGUCUCACGAACGGGUACUGUUCUAGACACGAACCAGCCAUUCGUCGUGUCCCGCGGGGGCUGCACAAGCUCGAACUGGGGCUCUGGCUGCCCAACCGAAUGUCAAAACGUCACCUCGAACGAAGGCGCAUCGAUCAUCAAUCUCUCCUUCAUCGACGGAGUCUCAUUAUACUGCUGCGGCACCCCGAUCGUCGACGGAGCUUCAACCGCCUGUCCCAGCGGCUCGCCUUUCCAGAUGGACUCGGCGGAAUUGAUUCUCGGGCGCGCAGGCCUCUCGGGCGUCACCAACAGUUCCUCGACCGCUACGUCGAACUUAACGGCCCUCCCCACGGGUACGGGCUCUUCAUCGCCGCAGGCUUCGAGCACGAGCGGAAACCACGACGCUGCUAUUGGGGCGGGGGUUGGAGUCCCGCUGGGCGUGAUCGCGCUGGGAUCGAUUAUUUGGGCUUUCUGGGAGAGAAGGCGCGCGAAUAAGGCGAGUCGGGCUUUGACUCGCGCGCCAUGGAGUGACGAGAGGGAGAUGGCGAGGCGCUGGGGAGGAAGAAGUACGGCGCCGACAGAGCUGGAUUCUGGCGGGUACCCCUCGGAGUUGAUGUCUAGCGAGCGGAGUGCGACUCAUUCCUGA